AUGUAUCCUCACAUCACAUAACCUCGUAGUCGUGACUCGUGUGUUGUAAUGCUCGUUGACAUUGGAACUGAACGUGGAUAAGUACUUCAGUGAGUCGCUGUUUUUAUCUUUUGUUGUGUCCUCCGCCUUUUGUACUGGAGAGGAUGGGAGCCUCAACUUCAGCACCUGCUGCUCCUACGGUUCGGGCUGAGGCAAUUCUUGCCACUCCUCCUCAAGGAUGUCCAAUGCACAAAGAAAAUCAACCAGUUAAAGUAGUGUCUCCUCCAUCGGAGUGUCCCAUGCAUCAAGCUCAGCCAGUUGCAGGCUCUGGUCUGCUUGCAGCAUCUCCACCUUCAGAGUGUCCCAUGCACACAGCAGAAGCCGGCCCAGUUCACCAAGAUAGGGCCUAUGAAUUUGUGGCGUGUCCCAUGAAAGCUGCAGCAGGCGGAAAUGAUAUCGACCCAGCAAAUAUGAUGCCUCCUCCCAACCAAACACCUUCUCCAGACCAGCCCUUCAAAUUGUCCCUCAACAGAGAAGAAUCUACAAUCCCCCGUCACGGCACAGAAAAACACUGGGUUUACCCAUCUGAACAGAUGUUCUGGAACGCCAUGCUGAGAAAGGGGUGGCGCUGGCGUGAGGAUGACCUUGGUGCCCAAGACAUGGGGAACAUCAUCAAAAUACAUAAUAAGAACAAUGAACAAGCCUGGCAAGAAAUCCUGAAGUGGGAGGCGCUGCAUGCAGGCGAAUGUCCUUGUGGUCCAACCUUGAAAAGGUUUGGGGGUAAAGCCAAAGAGUACUCACCAAGAGCUCGCUUCCGCCACUGGAUGGGGUACGAGCUCCCAUUUGACCGUCACGACUGGAUCAUUGACCGCUGCGGAAAGGAGGUCCGCUACGUCAUUGACUAUUAUGACGGAGAAAUAGACAAAGACACGUAUCAAUUCUCCAUCCUGGAUGUACGCCCGGCCUUUGACUCUUUGGAUGCUGUGUGGGAUCGCAUGAAAGUGGCCUGGUGGCGCUGGACCUCUUGAAGAACUCUUGCAUGGAAAAACGCACGUUUCUCAUUUCAACUCUUUGCAAGUUUUGUGGUGCUGUGUGAAAAGAAUCAGAUUUUUGCAGGUGAUCAUGGAUAGGAAGAAACAAGACAGUAUGUGACUUUGAGCUUACUAUGUCGUUGACUGUUUUUUUUUUUUUUUUUUUUUUU